AUAAGUUAUAUCGAUUUUUUAUUUUUUUUGCAUGAAAAAAGUAUUCCUCAUGCAAAGUAAAACUGAUCUACUAUAAAACCAAGUUAAACACUUCUUGUUUGACAGCCCCCACCCCACCCCUCCGUCUGCCAUCGCGAACAUGAAGGCGAAAUGCACCCAACCACCCUCCACCACCGCGAAAAUCAGCACCGAUGGUAGUAGAACCGGAACCUUUAUUCUUGGCAAGUACCAACUUGUCCGUCUUUUAGGCCGUGGUAGCUUUGCUAAAGUCUACCACGGCCUUUGUUUAGAUGAUGAUACAAAUAUCGCCAUCAAAGUCAUCGACAAAAAAUCAACUAUUGUCGAUGCCUUUAUGGAAACUUGUAUCAUUCGAGAAAUAUCUUCUAUGGUUCGUCUUAACCAUCAUCCCAACAUCAUCAAACUCAAAGAAGUUCUAGCUACAAAAUCGAAAAUCUACCUUGUCAUGGAGAUCGCCACUGGUGGCGAUCUCCAAGCCAAACUAAACCGUCAUGGAAAGUUCUCUGACUCCAUUUCUCGUUUCUACUUCCACCAAUUAGUCUCUGCACUGCAUUAUUGCCAUCAAAAUGGCGUUACUCAUCGCGACAUCAAGCCACAGAACAUACUCCUCGACCAGAACAACAACGUUAAAGUCUCUGAUUUUGGGCUCUCUGCCUUGCCUGAACAGCUGAAAAACGGUCUCCUUCAUACCGCCUGCGGUACACCUGCUUAUACUGCUCCUGAAGUAGCAUACAGAAAAGGAUACAAUGGCGAAAAGGCGGAUUCUUGGUCUUGUGGGGUAAUUUUAUAUACAUUUCUCUCUGGAUACCUUCCAUUUGAUGAUAGUAAUAUAUCCAACAUGUUCCGUUUAGUACAUCUCCGUAGACUCCGGUUCCCUGAUUGGGUUUCGAAAUCAGCUAGGAGUGUAAUCAACAGGCUACUUGAUCCGAACCCGAGUACUAGAUUGAGCAUAGAGGAAUUAAUGAAGCUAUCUUGGUUCAAGAAGUCUGAGUUGAAGCACCGACAGUUAAAUUUGGGUGAGUGUUUAUCGGAGAGAGAUUGUAAAAACUUGGUCGCGGUAAAUGCUUUUGACAUAAUAUCUAUGUCAUCAGGGUUGGAUUUGUCAGGGUUAUUCGAGAGCGAUAUGAUCAAGAAAGAGAUGAAGUUUACUACGCGCGCUCGAGUUGAGGAGGUUGAAGAGAAAGUGAUGAAAAUUGGUGAAGAAAGAGGGUAUAAAGUGGAUAGAAGGAAGGGUUGGGGAAUUGGUUUGGUUAAAGGGAGAGUUGUUUUAAUGGUGGAAAUAUUGAAAGUGGCAAUGGAGUUGUUGUUGGUUGAGGUUAAAGUUGUUAAUGGUGGAUUAGAAUGUGAGGAUUCUCAAUGGGAGGAAUUGAAAUUUGAGAUGAUGGAUAUUGUAGUUCAAUGAUGAGUCUUGAAAGGGGGAAAAUGAAGGUUGGUUCGAUUAAUUUGAAUUCACGUUACAUAAGAAUAGCCGGCAGGAAGGUCCUUCAGGAUGGCUCAGUUGGUUUGGAAGGUGGCUAUCCAAACGGAUGACCCGGGUUCGAUCUCCCCGCAAUGCCUUCUGAGUCAAGCCUGUUGCACAUUGCUUGCCUAGUGCGGUUAACAUCCUCUGUGUAGUCUGCAGGCUAUUACACAUAGUGAGGGGUUUACCCAGUGCGUACAAAAGUGGGAAACCGCUUCUUACAUGUUCGUGUUUCUUCAUUCUUAGAGCUUGAAACCGACUCGUUAUAGUGGGAAUUGUUUCCAACGUGUUUCUUCAUUCUUAGAGCUUGAAAUUAAUUCGAUUUCGACGCGCAAUCCUCCAUAGCGGAAGUGCUUGUCGCGAGUUUCUUCAUUCUUAAUCCUCCAUCAUAUGUUUGCGAUGAUAUUUAUAUUUAGGAUAAGAUGUUAAAAAUUGUUA